UGUAAACAGCUGCACUUUUUGUUCACCGAGUGUCUGUAAUUUGGUGUAUUAGUCAGGAUGAUGCUGGAGCUGCUGCUGUUCGGAGUUGUGUUAGUCGGAGGUUAUUUUCUUCUUCAUAUGACUUUUUUCAAGUUGCCCCGAUGUAAAUCUACUGCAAAGUUACAUGGGAAAACUGCCAUUGUCACUGGAGCAAACACCGGCAUCGGUAAGACCACAGCGAUGGACCUGGCCAGGAGGGGCGCGAGGGUGAUCAUGGCCUGCAGAGACAGAAAGCGAGCUGAGGCUGCAAUCCAGGAAAUCGUCCAAGAGACGGGGAACAGCCAGGUGAUCUUCAUGCAGCUCGACCUGGCCAGUCUGAAGUCUGUUCGCUCCUUUGCUGACAACUUCCUCCAGUCUGAGUCCAGGCUGGAUCUGCUCAUCAACAACGCUGGUCUGAUAACCAGUGGAAAGACGGAGGAUGGCUUCGGGAUGAUCUUUGGUGUCAAUCACCUGGGUCACUUCCUGUUGACAGUGUUGCUCCUGGACCGGCUGAAGGCGAACGGGCCGAGCCGUGUGGUGACCGUGGCCUCCAAAGCAUACGAGAUGGGGAAGGUGGAUUUUAACCUUUUGACGACUCAGAAAGAGUUAGGUAUCGGCAACGGCGACUAUCAGCUCUUCCAGAGGUAUUGCCACAGCAAACUGUGCAACGUCCUCUUCACCUACGAGCUCGCCAAGCGGCUGCAGGGCACUGAGGUCACCUGCUACAGCCUCCAUCCUGGGGCCAUAAAGACGGAGAUCGGUCGUUACUCUGGUUUCUGGUGGAAACUUAUCAUGACACCCAUCAUCUUCCUUUUCUUCGUGGAUGCUGACUCCGGAGCUCAGACCACGCUCCACUGUGCCCUGGAGGAAGGCAUCGAGCACCUCAGCGGCCACUACUUCACCCAGUGUGCGCCGCUGUUGAACAUCGAGUCGAAGGCGAGAGACGACGCUGUGGCCAAGAAGCUGUGGGAGCUCAGUGAGAGUUUCUGCGGUCUGUCCUAAAACCAAACCUGAAAUCUAAGCUUUUUUUUCCCCCUUCCCCAUCGCAGAGUAAACUCUGUAUUUUCCUAUAAUCAUGAGACACUAAGUAAUGAACUGAUGGAGCCAUAAAAAUCACUCAGUGAAAAUAUCAGAGCUUGAACAUUAUUCUCAAUAUAAUAUUUUUUCUUCCAGUUGUUUUUGAAUUGUUUAUGAUCUAAUUGGAUUUUUGUUAUUUGAGUCUGUUUAUGAGUUGCUAACUGACCCCAAACACAAGUAACAUCACUCUGCAGGAUAACAUACUGCACAUCUCUUUGUCUGUGGAAGAUGUAUUUAUAUAUUGUGUAAAAGCAAUGCUCACUUCUCUUUUUUGUCACCUUAUGAAAUGUUCAAGCUCAGUUUGUAUCAAAGGAAGGGUUACAAAUUAAAUGCAUUUCUACAUUCUUGGGUUUGGAUUAUGUCAGAAGUGAAAACAACAUAUUUAAAGGGGGAACAAUUUUCCAACAUUUAUGAAUAUAAAAAACAUGCAGUGAACAGAGGGUUUAUUUUGAAUGUUUUGACAGGAAGUUCAGUUUUAGCCUCUCCCCUGGGGUUCAAGGUAAAUCAGUUUUUAAGAUAAGAUGAAACAUUAUUUUUUUUAUUUAUCCCUUGGGAGAAGUCAGUGAUUCUCAGGUGGAUCAGGCGCUGUAAUAAACCAUGUAUCACCUGUU